UGAGCUGUAAACUGCACCCAUCUCUCUCUCUCUCUCUUUUCCUCUUAUUUUUGUUAUCUUACCUCAGUUCAUUACUUAUUAACACAACAUAUAUCAUUAUUAACAUGCAAUAAUGCCAUCUGUGCAUUCUAGCCCGUGCUACCCUAUGGAAAAUCCGGCACUAGCAUCCUUACUCCGCCACACAUCAGGGGAGAAACGUAGUAAGUUCUCCACUGGAGGCCUCUUGAAGAUGUUCAAGCUGUUUCCUAUGUUGACCUCAGGCUGCAAAAUGGUGGCACUUUUGGGAAGACCCCGCAAGCCUAUGCUUAAGGACAGUGCCACCACUGGGACAAUCUUUGGUUACCGCAAAGGGAGAGUGAGUCUUGCCAUACAAGAGGACACGCGUCAAAUGCCAAUCUUUCUCAUAGAGCUACCAAUGCUUACAAGCGCUUUGAACAAAGAAAUGGCCUCUGAUAUAGUGAGAAUCGCGCUAGAGAGUGAGACCAAAACCAACAAGAAGAAGUUGCUCGAGGAGUUUGUGUGGGCAGUGUAUUGCAAUGGGAGAAAAGUUGGGUACUCAAUAAGGAGGAAACAGAUGAGUGAUGAUGAACUCCAUGUAAUGCAGCAUUUGAGAGGGGUGUCCAUGGGAGCUGGGGUGCUCCCUGGCACAUCUGAUAAAGAUUCUUCAGAUGGAGAAAUGACGUAUAUGAGGGCUAGAUUUGAAAGGGUCGUUGGUUCCAAGGAUUCAGAAGCCUUGUACAUGAUAAAUCCAGAUGGUGCUCAAGGCCCGGAAUUGAGUAUUUUCUUUGUUAGAGCUCACUAG